AUGAAUCGAUUGGUGGCCAUAUUCAGUUUCUGCCUGCUUUUGGUGGCAGGACACUCGGUGGAGGAACCACAGGAGUCUCAGUUGCCUGAUAGCACAACACCUUGGAUCGAAGAAGGCUUUCCAAAUGGAUCUGAAGAGCUUCCCGAGUUGGUUGUGCCCACAAUCGAAGAGGAAAUAACAGAUGUCCACAAGAUAAACUGGCUGCCCGUUUGGGAGGAACAGGAGCAUCCAAGAUUCGCCCGUGAAGUGGUCGGGAAGCCAGUUGGCACUACCCAGACCCCUGAGAUCUCCACCCCCAAAGAUACAGUGGAGGAAGUGCUGCUGCCCAAGGACAACAAGGAGUGCCCGAACAAUGCCGAGCGGGGCUUAACCAAUCUUGUCCGGGUGGCCCGUCCACUUCUACCAGUUCCUCGACUGAGGAACAUCUUGGCGAACGCCCUCGAGGAUCCCCAGGUUCAGGCUCUGGUCAAGUUGCUACGUAGCGAUGGCCUCAAGGCACAAGUGCAGCGCCUGAGAGCCACGAAAGAGCACCAGGUGCUGCAUGAUUACAUCUGCCGGAGGCUGAAACUGGAUCCCUCCUACCACGUGGACUUCGUGAGGGUGUUUCUCGAUGUCAACACCUUUGACCCGCCGACAAGUAAGCUGCCCAACCGCCGACCGGGAGUCCGAGGACUCCUCCUGGACAUCCGCGAUGCCCUGCCCCGCUCUGUCCUAAGGGAUAUGUAUCUGAAACUCUACUCAUCCGACUCGGAGCUUGCUAGUGCAGUCCGUCUUAUCAGGGGCUCCGAGUUCCGGCGAAUUCUUCGGGAUCUGCGCUCCCUGAAGGAGUACCGUUCCCUGACCGCCGAGCUGGAGAAGGCUGGUCUACCUCUGCGCCAACUAAACCAACUGGUGGCCAAUGCCCUGGGUUGGACCACCGUGGACAUGGGCUCCGAGACGGUCAUUUGGAGUGUUUAG